AUGGAAGGCUACAGUACCUCUGAAGAUGCUACUCCAAGGUUUUGUAUCGGUCACUAUCAAGCUGACCGUGACAUGAUGGUAUCUACCAGUGUGGUGCAAAAAGUCCAUGAAAGCAACUAUGACAUGAUGACAGUUCCAAUCACAACUGAGCAUUUCCACUCUAGGGUCCUCAGCUUACUAUCUUCCUUUUUGUCUAAUCUGCAAUCACCAGCUUAUGAUCCUAUUGGAACUAUGGGAACUACACAGAAUACCCGGCUUGUAUCAAUACCCCCAUUGUCAAAGCUGGACUCCAACCUUACCCCAAAUGAGGCUACGAGUCAGCUCGUUGGUGUGACAAGUAGCUGGAUUGAUCUUUGCUCACCCGAUCCACUGAUUGCAGACUUGUCCCGCCAGGUUCUUAUGCUGGAAGUUGCAUACGCUGCUUUCUGUGGCAUUGGCUAUCUUUUGAUUCCAAGCCCUAAGCUGCACCAUGGCAGUAUGCACUCGGAAGGAGUUGUACACUAUGCAAAGGUGAUUCAAGAUGCUUUGAGCCUGGGUCCGUUCAUCCAGUUCCAUAUCUGGUUGCGCAUGGUUGAUGAUCCUGACCUUGAAAUGGAAACGAUGGGUGAUUUGGCCCCACUAGCUCGCGAAGAAUACAUCCAGCCUGAGCAAGGUGGAUUGCCAAAGUUAGAUCCAUUUGGAACCUGGGAUGCUUGGGACUUGAUCCGAAAAACUUGUAAAUAUCAUACACGGCUGUUUGUUGCCCUUUCAAUGCCAAAGCAGCUUCCAUCCUUAAGUGUGCUAUCUCGUUGGCAUUCAGAACCCGUGCAUCUGCUUACAAUUGAUGCAUCAUCCUUCCUGAAGAACCAGAAGGGAUUCCCUGUUCUUUCAAAAGCUCAUCAAGCUUUCAUUGCAAAGCUUAUGCGUCUCCGUACUCCACCGUGGAUUAUUCUAUGUGAUGUUGGCCCAAUCCCAGGUAUUGAGAAUGCAGAUGACUCGGGGACAAAGCAGCCUCAUUUAUCUGGAUCUGAUUACCCCAGCCUGUCACAAGUCGCAGGUGCAACCAAGAAACAUUUCGAUCCCACCCCUCAUCUUUCCUAUGUGCGAAAUCUGCAACAACGACAGCCACCAAGGACAUUAAUUGAAAGAUUUGGCACAGGUUAUCAGGACUAUUUGCAAGCUCCUUUACAACCUUUGACCGUCAAUUUAGAGAGCAUUACCUACGAAGUAUUUGAAAAGGACCCCAUCAAGUACGAGUGGUAUGAAAGAGCAAUUACAAAGGCACUGAGAGAUUGGGCAGAUCAGAAGAAGCCUACCUCUCACCCUGAUGGCAAAGUCGUUGUUGCAGUUGUGGGUGCGGGCCGUGGACCGCUGGUAACACGUGCUCUCAAAGCCAGCGCUGCAGCAGGCGUCGAAAUUGACAUGUGGGCCGUUGAAAAGAACCAGAAUGCGUUUGUUUUGCUACAGCGACACAAUGACUAUAUUUGGAAUGGAAAGGUUACAUUGGUCCAGUCCGAUAUGCGAAGCUGGAAAGGGCCUCGCGUGAGAAAGCAAGCAGCAGACGAAGCUGAGGGUGAAGUAACCCAUGUUGAUAUCUUGGUAUCUGAGUUACUUGGCUCUUUUGCCGACAAUGAGCUCUCGCCCGAAUGUUUGGAUGGAGUAAAUGGUGUCAUAAACCCCGAGCAUGGCAUAUCCAUCCCGGCCUCCUACACGGCUCAUCUCACGCCAAUUUCCGCACCGAAGCUGCACUCUGAUGUCAUGAACCAGACUGUGACUAAUCCAGCAGCUCCAGAGAUACCCUACGUAGUCAUGCUCCAUGCCAUUGACUUCCUAUCCUCGGCGGAUUCACCUGCCAAUGCCGAGACGGGCAAUCAAAAUAUCGCAAACCGUUCCUCGACCUUGACAACGCCCACGACUGCAACAGAAUUUCCCGUACCCAACGUUCAAACCGCGUGGUCUUUCUCUCACCCUAACCCAAACACUACACCGCAAAAUCCUAUGCAAUCCACCAUCUCAAAUGCUCAUAACGUCCGCCGGACUAGGCUAGCUUUCCCUGUUCAGAACCGUGGCGCAUGUCACGGCCUAGCAGGGUACUUCGAGACUGUCCUCUACAAGGACGUCGAGCUUUCAACCAAUCCAGUGACAAUGGAUGCGAAAAGUGCUAGCAUGAUAAGCUGGUUCCCCAUUUACUUCCCCCUAAAGACUCCGCUCAACGUUCCUGAUAAUGGUGAGAUUGUUGUGACAAUGUACCGCCAGACAGACGACCGUAAGGUCUGGUACGAAUGGAUGGUGGAAGUAUUCGCCCUUCAACAAGUUUCCACCUCUUCAAACAAGACCACCUCUCCUUUAAUGAGUGGAGGUCGCUCAUCAUCUCCUAGUGUCGAAAGCCUAAAAAACAACGCAGGCCGACAAGGCUACCGCCGUGUUCGGGUUGGCCUGAGUGAGUUGCAUUCGAGUAUCAAAGACGGUUGCCUGAUGUGA